CUUCCUAUUCUUGUUUCAAGAGACAUCACACCCUAAAAAGCUUAGUGGAUGGCGCCCAAGGAGAGGGCGGCGGACGGCGGAGCAAAAGUCAAGUUGAACGGAAAGGAGAUGCAUUUUCGGGGUGUACGGAAGAGGCCAUGGGGAAGGUACGCCGCCGAGAUCAGAGAUCCAGCCAGGAAGAGCCGCGUCUGGUUAGGAACAUUCGAUACGGCGGAAGAGGCGGCGAUGGCCUACGACGCCGCCGCCAGAGAGUUUCGCGGCCCCAAGGCCAAGACCAAUUUUUCUCCUCCUCCUCCUCCUCCUCCGCACGAGAAUGUCAAGAACACUAGUAAUCAGAGUCCGAGUCAGAGUAGUACCGUCGAUUCUUCGAGUCUGAUGCUCGAUUCUUCGUCUCCGUCGCUGGAUCUCAGCCUCUCUCACGGCGGAGUUUUGCCACCGGUGAAUCGCAUCUUCUAUUUUGACUCGAUUUUGAGCUCCUGUAGUCGUGAUGUGCAAAAUCAACGGCGGAGGUACGAUCACGUGACGGUGGCGGCGGCGAAGGCUGAUUUUCGCGCCUCUCACGGCGUUAGGGUUCAGAGCGAUUGUGUAAAGCCACAUAUAGCUAUCGGUUUCGAUCUCAACUUUCCGCCACCGCCGGAAACCGCUUGACGACGUGGACGGAGCUUUACGGAUCGACGAUCAACGUCCGAUGUCAAUACUUAUCUAAUCUACUACGUUUGUUUUUUUUUUUUUUUUGACAGAUAAAAAUGUAGCCGUUGAUGUAAUUUGUAGUUGAAUCAAUACCUUUCUGCAAUGAAACAUCCAAUGAUUUCCUGAGACUCAAA